CAGACGGAAAAUGGCCGCCGGGUGUGGUGAGGGCAACGCGUCUCAAGCCGCGGUCUUUCUCUUUCUCGUCCUUUGACACCGCCGGCGGCCCAGCGGACCGGUUCUUCCGAGCUGAGGGCGCUGUCCUCAGGCCCAGGUGGUGAGACGGUAUUGAAAUAAAGAUAACUACAGCUUUCUGUGAAAAUGUCAGUCCUGAUAUCACAGAGUGUAAUAAAUUAUGUGGAAGAAGAAAACAUUCCUGCUCUGAAAGCUCUUCUUGAAAAAUGCAAAGAUGUAGAUGAAAGAAAUGAGUGUGGCCAGACUCCACUGAUGAUAGCUGCUCAACAAGGCAGUCUGGAAAUAGUGAAAGAAUUGAUCAAGAAUGGAGCUAAUUGCAACUUGGAAGAUUUGGAUAAUUGGACAGCACUUAUAUCCGCGUCAAAAGAAGGGCACAUACACAUUGUGGAAGAACUACUUAAAUGUGGGGUUAAUUUGGAGCACCGUGAUAUGGGGGGAUGGACUGCUCUCAUGUGGGCAUGCUACAAAGGCCGCACUGAAGUGGUGGAGUUGCUUCUUUCUCAUGGUGCCAAUCCAAAUGUUACUGGGCUGCAGUAUAGUGUUUACCCAAUCAUUUGGGCAGCAGGGAGAGGCCAUGCAGAUAUAGUGCAUCUUUUACUGCAAAAUGGUGCUAAAGUCAACUGCUCUGAUAAGUAUGGAACCACUCCCUUGGUUUGGGCUGCCCGAAAGGGUCAUUUGGAAUGUGUGAAGCAUUUAUUGGCCAUGGGAGCUGAUGUUGAUCAAGAGGGAGCUAAUUCAAUGACUGCACUUAUUGUGGCAGUGAAAGGAGGCUACACACAGUCAGUAAAAGAAAUUCUGAAGAGGAAUCCAAAUGUAAAUUUAACAGAUAAAGAUGGAAAUACAGCCUUAAUGAUUGCAUCAAAGGAGGGGCAUACAGAGAUUGUACAGGACCUGCUUGAUGCCGGAACAUAUGUAAAUAUACCUGACAGGAGUGGGGAUACUGUACUGAUUGGUGCUGUCAGAGGUGGUCAUGUUGAAAUCGUUCGUGCACUUCUCCAAAAAUAUGCUGAUAUAGAUAUUAGAGGACAGGACAAUAAAACUGCUCUGUAUUGGGCUGUUGAAAAGGGAAAUGCAACAAUGGUGAGAGAUAUCUUACAGUGCAAUCCUGAUACUGAAAUAUGCACAAAGGAUGGUGAAACACCGCUGAUAAAAGCCACCAAGAUGAGGAAUAUUGAAGUGGUAGAGCUUCUGCUAGAUAAAGGAGCCAAGGUGUCUGCUGUGGAUAAGAAAGGAGAUACUCCCUUGCAUAUUGCUAUUCGAGGAAGAAGUCGGAAACUGGCAGAACUUCUUUUAAGAAAUCCCAAAGAUGGGCGGUUACUUUAUAGGCCCAACAAAGCUGGUGAGACUCCUUACAACAUCGACUGUAGUCAUCAGAAGAGCAUUUUAACUCAGAUAUUUGGAGCCAGACACUUAUCCCCUACUGAAACAGACGGUGACAUGCUUGGCUAUGAUUUAUAUAGCAGUGCCCUGGCAGAUAUUCUCAGUGAACCUACCAUGCAGCCACCUAUUUGUGUGGGGUUAUAUGCCCAGUGGGGAAGUGGAAAAUCUUUCUUACUCAAGAAACUAGAAGAUGAGAUGAAGACUUUUGCAGGACAACAGAUCGAACCCCUUUUUCAGUUUUCAUGGCUUAUAGUAUUUAUUACAGUGCUACUUUGUGGAGGGGUUGGCUUACUGUUUGCUUUUACAGUUGACCCAAAUCUUGGAAUAGCAGUGUCAUUGAGCUUCCUGGCUCUCUUAUACAUAUUCUUCAUUGUCAUUUACUUUGGUGGACGAAGGGAAGGAGAAAGCUGGAAUUGGGCCUGGGUCCUCAGUACCAGAUUGGCAAGACACAUUGGGUAUUUGGAACUCCUCUUCAAAUUGAUGUUUGUGAACCCACCUGAACUGCCAGAGCAAACUACGAAAGCUUUACCUGUGAGGUUUUUGUUUACAGAUUACAAUAGGCUCUCCAGUGUAGGUGGAGAAACUUCUUUGGCUGAGAUGAUCGCAACCCUCUCAGAUGCUUGUGAAAGAGAGUUUGGCUUUUUGGCAACCAGGCUUUUUCGCGUAUUCAAGACUGAAGAUGCUCAGGGUAAAAAGAAAUGGAAGAAAACCUGUUGUCUCCCAUCUUUUGUCAUCUUCCUUUUUAUCUUUGGCUGCAUUAUUGCUGGGAUCACUCUGCUGGCUAUAUUCAGAGUUGACCCAAAACACAUGACAGUGAAUGCUGUCCUCAUAUCAACUGCAUCUGUGGUGGGGCUGGCCUUUGUGCUUAACUGCCGUACAUGGUGGCAAGUGUUGGACUCUCUACUGAAUUCUCAAAGAAAACGCCUUCAUAAUGCUGCCUCCAAAUUGCACAAAUUGAAAAGUGAAGGAUUCAUGAAAGUUCUGAAGUGUGAAGUGGAGUUGAUGGCCAGAAUGGCUAAAACCAUCGACAGCUUCACUCAGAAUCAGACAAGGCUGGUGGUCAUCAUUGAUGGACUCGACGCCUGUGAGCAGGACAAAGUCCUUCAGAUGCUGGACACGGUCCGAGUUCUGUUUUCAAAAGGCCCUUUCAUUGCCAUUUUUGCAAGUGAUCCACAUAUUAUCAUAAAGGCCAUUAACCAGAACCUCAGUAGUGUGCUUCGAGACUCAAACAUAAAUGGGCAUGACUAUAUGCGCAAUAUAGUUCACUUGCCAGUUUUCCUGAAUAGUCGUGGACUUAGCAAUGCAAGAAAGUUUCUUGUAACUUCAACAGCAAAUGGUGACAUUCCAUGCUCAGAUACUACAGGGAUCCAGGAGGAAGCUGACAGAAGAGUUUCACAAAACAGCCUUGGGGAGAUGACAAAACUUGGUAGCAAGACAGCCCUCAAUAGACGGGACACUUAUCGAAGAAGGCAGAUGCAGAGGACCAUCACUCGGCAGAUGUCCUUUGAUCUCACAAAAUUGCUGGUUACCGAAGACUGGUUCAGUGACAUCAGUCCCCAGACCAUGAGAAGAUUACUUAAUAUCGUGUCUGUGACAGGGCGAUUACUGAGAGCCAAUCAGAUUAGUUUCAAUUGGGAUAGGCUUGCUAGCUGGAUCAACCUUACUGAGCAGUGGCCAUAUCGAACUUCAUGGCUCAUAUUGUAUUUGGAAGAGACUGAAGGUGUUCCAGAUCAAAUGACAUUAAAAACCAUCUAUGAAAGAAUUUCAAAGAAUAUUCCAACAACCAAAGAUGUUGAACCACUGCUUGAAAUUGAUGGAGAUAUAAGAAAUUUUGAAGUAUUUUUGUCUUCACGGACCCCUGUUCUUGUGGCUCGAGAUGUAAAAACAUUUCUGCCAUGCACUGUAAAUUUGGAUCCUAAAUUACGGGAGAUUAUUGCAGAUGUUCGCGCUGCGAGAGAGCAGAUCAAUAUAGGAGGACUUGCUUACCCCCCACUUCCGCUACACGAAGCUCCUCCUCGGGCACCCUCGGGCUAUAGUCAGCCCCCGUCUGUCUGCUCUUCCUCCACAUCCUUCAAUGGGCCAUUUGCAGGUGGGGUGGUGUCACCGCAACCUCACAGCAGCUAUUACAGCGGCAUGACGGGCCCUCAGCAUCCCUUCUACAACAGGCCAUUCUUUGCCCCAUACCUUUACACGCCCAGGUAUUACCCUGGCAGUUCCCACCAUCUCAUCUCACGUCCAUCAGUAAAAACGAAUUUGCCCAGAGAUCAGAACAAUGGCCUAGAAGUUAUCAAGGAGGAUGCUGCUGAGGGGCUUUCUUCACCCACAGACUCCUCGAGGCCAAGUGCAUCUGGGUUUAACAGACUGAGACAGGGAUCAGGCCCAGCCACAGGAGCAGCGCUGUCCUUGAAUUCACUGAAUGUGGAUGCAGUGUGUGAGAAGCUGAGACAAAUAGAAGGGCUGGACCAGAGCAUGCUGCCUCAGUACUGCGCAACCAUCAGGAAGGCAAACAUAAAUGGCCGGGUAUUAGCUCAGUGUAACAUUGAUGAACUGAAGAAAGAAAUGAAUAUGAAUUUUGGAGACUGGCACCUUUUCAGAAGCACAGUGUUAGAAAUGAGAAAUGCAGAAAGCCAAGUGGUCCCUGAAGACCCGCGUUUUCUUAAUGAAAACACCAGUGCCCCAGUUCCUCAUGGGGAAUCUGCGUGUCGGUCUUCACACAGCGAAUUGCCUCACACUGAACUUUCCAAUCAGACUCCUUACACGCUGAACUUCAGCUUCGAAGAACUGAACACACUUGGUCUGGAUGAAGGCGCCCCACGUCACAGUAAUCUAAGUUGGCAGUCACAAACUCGCAGAACCCCAAGUCUUUCGAGUCUCAAUUCCCAGGAUUCCAGUAUUGAAAUUUCAAAGCUUACUGAUAAGGUGCAGGCCGAGUAUAGAGAUGCGUAUAGAGAAUAUAUUGCUCAGAUGUCCCAGUUAGAAGGGGGCACGGGGUCUGCAACAAUUAGUGGCAGAUCUUCUCCACAUAGCACAUAUUACAUGGGUCAGAGUUCAUCAGGGGGCUCUAUCCAUUCUAAUCUAGAACAAGAAAAGGGGAAGGAAAGUGAGCCAAAGCAAGAGGAUGGGAGGAAGUCAUUUUUAAUGAAGAGGGGGGAUGUUAUAGAUUAUUCAUCAUCAGGGGUUUCCACUAAUGAUGCCUCACCCCUGGAUCCCAUUACUGAAGAGGAUGAAAAAUCUGACCAGUCAGGCAGUAAGCUGCUUCCAGGCAAGAAAUCCUCAGAAAGGUCCAGUCUCUUCCAGACAGAUUUGAAGCUUAAGGGAAGUGGACUGCGCUAUCAGAAACUCCCAAGUGAUGAAGACGAAUCUGGUGCAGAAGAAUCAGAUAAUACUCCACUGCUUAAAGAUGACAAAGAUAAAAAAGCUGAAGGCAAGGCUGAGAGAGCAUCCAAGUCUCCAGAACACAGCGCCGAGCCAAUCAGAACCUUCAUUAAAGCUAAGGAAUACUUAUCAGAUGCUCUUCUUGACAAAAAGGAUUCAUCAGAUUCAGGAGUGAGAUCCAGCGAAAGUUCUCCCAAUCACUCUCUGCACAAUGAAGCCGCUGAUGAUUCUCAGCUUGAAAAGGCAAACCUUAUAGAGCUGGAAGAUGACAGUCGCAGUGGGAAGAGGGGGAUACCACAUAGCUUGAGUGGCCUGCAAGAUCCAGUUACAGCUCGGAUGUCCAUUUGCUCAGAAGAGAAGAAGAGCCCUUCCGAGUGUAGCCUGAUAGCUAGCAGCCCUGAAGAGAGCUGGCCUGCCUGCCAGAAGGCCUACAACCUGAAUCGAACCCCGAGCACUGUGACUCUGAACAACAACACCGCCCCAGCUAAUAGAGCCAAUCAAAAUUUUGAUGAAAUGGAGGGAAUGAGGGAGACUUCUCAAGUCAUUUUGAGGCCUGGGUCUAGUCCCAACCCAACUGCUAUUCACAAUGAAAAUCUAAAAAGCAUGACACAUAAGCGUAGCCAGCGUACAAGUUACACAAGGCUCUCGAAAGAUUCUCCAGAGCUCCAUGCAGUGGUGCCUUCUGAUAGUACAGGUUUUGGAGAAGAAAGAGAAAGCAUUCUUUAAGAAAAGCCAGGAAAAGUGGAAUAGUAUUACUAUACUUAUGACAAAAUUGUCCUGCAUUUUGAAACCAUCAUGUACAUCACCUGUAUGCAUUUCAUUUACAGUUUGUCAAUAGAUGGUCAAGCCUUUGGUAAAAGAAAUAUGUGCUUUCCAACAGACGACAGCCCAAGAAAUGACAGUUCCCCAGUCAGCCUCUGUUGUCUCUGUAUUUAGCAACUUAAAUCUCACUAUUAUGCCUGUCGUUGGCACAUAACUCCAUAAAAAUUUUUGAGACAAAAUCAUACUAUAAACAUAGAUCAGAAAUAUUUUUUUGAAUUUAAAGGGCUUAAUUUGCAAAAGAAAAAACUAGUGAUCCCUUUUGUAGAACAUUCAUUCAUCAAACAUUUGAGGAAAAUCAUGCUGUUAGGUGAAGCAGAAGCAAAUUUUGUUUUUAAGGGGCAUAAUCUAGGAAAGAAUUUACAUAUUUUGGAAUAACCCAGAUAGUAAAGGUGAAUGAAUACUUAGUAGAUUGAGAACCAGUGUUCUAUACAGUGACAAAUUACUUAUCGAAGAGGUUUUAAAUUCUAAAUAGAACUAUAUAAUAUAGAACAAGAAGGGCUUUAAAAAUUGAUAAGAAAGUGAGCCAACAGUACCCAAAGUAGAAUAAGUGGGCCAUUGUGAACUGUUAGGAGAAAAGGUGGGGGAUGGACUGAUAACCUCCACAUUAUCUGGAUUCUCUUUUCUUCAAAUCCCAGCACCAUCCACCUGUGCCCUGAAGCCCCUCUAGUCUGUUCUGCAGCUCUUAAAUUGUAUGCCCAACUUUUCUUAGAGAGCUUUGCAAUGAGAGGGAAAGAAACAUGAAUUCUUUCUCUGGAGAAUUAGGGAUACAGGGGUAAUAGGUAGUAAUAAUUAUUGAUGAAAUGAGUGCAUGAAGAAAUUAGGUUA